UAUGUUUUAGAUUAAAGUACAACUACGCCCCAGUACGUGAUUUUAUGAUGGUUUCAGAAUUUCUAACUUCAAAAAUACACAAUCAAAAAGUGAGAUAACCCAUUAAAAUGGGUGUGUCGAUGGCUACAGCAGUCUUAAAAUAAUAUUCGAUGUUAAACAACGUAUUAGUUUUAUGAUAGAGCAGAGGAAUUUUAUUAUCAAAUAUACUUCUGUGCUGUCUAAUCUCAAUACAAUCAUAAACAUAACAUCACAUUUCACCAACUCGUGGAAAUUGUAUGUUUUUUAAAAAUAUUUGUCAUUUCUAAUCACUAGAAGAUAUUUUUUAAAAAUGCCAAGUUAACAAAAUCUGUAGCCGAUGGGAAAACGAUCUACAGAGCUGCUAUUGGUUCAUAGUCAACUGUCAAUCGUUUUACGUCACUACCACACGUUUUCACAAAACUAUGCAACACAAAGAGUUUGUGUCACUCUGCGGCGAAUUUCAUUUCAAAUUUUUACAAUUUACAAAAUUUUCUUUACUUUUUAAAAACAGAAAGAAAAAAGAGAUAUAUAUAAAAUGAAUCAAACACACAAAAUAGUUUUUUUCUACCAGGACCACGUUUCCGUUAAGUUGUGGGAAAAAAACUCCAAAGUGUAUGUACACUUGAAUAAAGUAACCAAAAAGGGAACGAAAACUGUGUCAUUCCAAGCUGAGGCUUAUCGAGCGCUGAUGGAGCGUGGAAACGAUGUACUAAAGGCGAUAGAUGAAAUUGAGGCCGAACUUCAAGAGGAAAGUGAAAUGGUGUCCCUUACAGAUGAAACAAAAUUUCAUCUGCAACAGCAGCAAGAUCAAGCACAGGAAUUUCAACCACUUCAACCUGUUCAACCACAGCAACAACAACCAGAGCAACAACAGCCACAGCGGGAAAGACAUUCGUUAUCAACGAAUAGUCGUUUUCAGCCAUAUACUGGAACUGGAACCAGUAUACAGUUUGGUCUGGGGAGAGGAGCACUCAUCACCAGACCAACUCUUGGCCAUGGUCAAGAGGUUCCCAAUUCAGCAACAAGAUCGCCAUCAGUGAUGGGAAGAGGGCGUGGACUGCUCGCCGCCCUACAGCAACAGCAACAACAAACUGCAAGCACCAGAUAUACCACAAUAUCUCCAACAUUAAUAGAAUGAAAAUUGACAUUGGAGUAGUUUAAUUAUAGUUCAUUUACUAAAUAUAUUUACUUUAAAUAUUAACUUUGUAUGUAUAUAUAUCUUUUAUGUAGACAACCUAAUAUGUAUAAUUUUAAAAUAUAACUUCUCAAUAAAUAAUGUUAAACUAUUUGUUAUUGUACUUGGUGAUUUAGUAUAGCUAUAACAUUGUAUGUCUCCCCUUGAUCAUCAAUUUAAUUCAUUUCGGAAUUACAUUCUGAAGGAAAGUGGAGUGUUUGUGUGUGUUUUUUCACAAAAAUACAUACUGUGUGUGAUUCAACUGCGGUGGAUUACUUACACUUGAUUACUGUGGAAUUACCUUCUGGAGAAAAAAGUGG